CCAGAUCUUCUGUAUAGGAUUCACCUGUUACUUCCUACAAGGCAAGAGGGCUUAUGAGGAAUACAGAAAAAGUCAAGAAUUCCUGGACCGACGCUGAAGGGACCCUGCGUAUAAAGAUUUUUUUAUUUCUCGUGGAAUAUCGCCUAGCCGGAUGCCCUUCCUGCUGUCAACCUAAUUUUCUAGAUUGCUUUUAUUUUAUCUACUGUUUUUUAGAAAUACUUAUUUUUUUUCUUAUCAGUUUUAUGGGGAAAAAAACAAGGGAAGGAUAAGAAUAUAGAACAUUAGAAACGGGAUAUUCAGUUUCAAUGUUAUUGUAAUAUUGUUAUGAUUUCUCUUACAUGAAAAUCAAAAACACGCGUUCAGUAAAGAACAAAAAAAUCUAUUGUUUAAUAUCAUGCUUCGUAAUUAGUGCUGACAUUGUUUUGAUAUUAUUGUAAUUAUUGCUAUUAUCAUUAUCAUUAUUAUUAUU